AUGCUUAUCUCCAAAGUUCGGGUUGUCUGCAUUAGUCGAAGAGUGGAAGCUGAUAUAGGGCGGUCUGCUCAUCCAUCCAACCAUCAUGUUUCAAUUGCUGAGUCACGAGUAGUCAAGCGUGGAGUGGCUUCGUCGUCACCAAUUCCUUUGGAAGCGAGGUUGGUAGAGGCUAGGAAAGCAAGAAAGUCAUUUGCUCAAGCGAAGGGUUUUUUUGCAAUGUCAAGGGCUGAUCUCAAGGUGGACAAGUCCACCUCUGCAGGAGCUGCAGGCCUGUCUGAUCUGCUCAAGAUGAACUUUCUGUUAAGUUCAUCCACUUGUGUUGAGUUGGUUGAUCAAAUCCGAAAAACAAAGGGAAAGCAACAUUUCAUCUCCUUCGAAAAAGAAUUGGUGGUAGACGUGGUGGAUCAGGCAAGUGGAGCUGCUGAGAGUGUGGCUGAUCAGGCGAAUGCUGAAGAGUCCGCAGAUCAGGGAUCUCCUGCUGGCGUCUCGGAGUAG